AGAAAUGGCCAUGGCUGGCGCAUGCUGCGAGGAUUCGAAUGUUGUUGUUGUUGUUGUUGUUGUUGCUUUGUUGCAGAGCGUUUGUGUGUUUGUUUCGACACCAUCGAUGCGCCGCUUUCCUUCGUUGUCACUCGACUCGUAAUUGGCUCUCUAACGAGCUCUUACGAUCCUUAUUCGCUUCUCAAUCGGCGUAGACCAGGGAUGCAAACUGCGGUGGCGUAGCUGUUGGACUGCGCGACUUGUAAGUGAGAUUGUGAGAGUGCGAGAGCAGGACAAAAAGGGAGCAGGAAAGAAGGAAAAAAUUAGAGGUGCAAGGACUACUUUGCUGCUCAUGAGUUAGACCGGCUCUGGAGAGCAUUUUGGUGAUGGUGUUUUCUGUAUGAAGCGGUCCAGAGAAGAGGUAGUGUGUUGCGUUGGUGGUGGUAAGGGAUGGACGGGCAUGCGACCUCGAAUACCUCGGGGAGUAGUUUCGCUAGUGCCAGCACCGCCACGGGCGGGACUUCCACCAGCAGUGUUACCUCGUCGAUUUUGGCAAUCCCCAGUGAUGCCGCGAUUUUGCAAAGAUUGAUAAAAUGUGGAGUGCCUUCAGAAUAUCUGGAAAGGGGUAAGGACGGAAUUGCAGAGUAUGUGAAAGAGCACAAACCUCAGGUUUCGGAGGUCAUCGCUGCGCUUUUACCUGGACCAGAUGAAGUUCAGGCGGUUACGUCAUCAGGAACAGAUGAGGUUCAAGGGCCAGGAACACGCAAGGAGUUUCUAAGCCAAUGUAGAGAUGCGCUCAAAUGGGUGCAGUGGGUUAUGUUUCAGGGGGAGCCACAGGCGGUCUUGGCGGCUGCAGGACAGGGAACUGGAAGCACCAGAGGUGUAUGUGGAGCAGUUUGGGGUAGUAACGAUAUCGCUUACAGAUGUAGGACCUGUGAACACGACCCUACCUGUGCUAUUUGUGUGCCAUGCUUUCAAAAUGGAAACCAUGCCUCACAUGACUACUCCAUGAUCCGCACUAGUGGGGGUUGUUGUGAUUGUGGAGAUGUCACUGCUUGGAAACAAUCAGGAUUCUGCUCCAAACAUUGUGGUCCUGGACAAGUGUCACAACUUCCGGCUUCUCUCGUGGAGUCUGCCACACCGGUACUGGAAGCUCUCUUGUUCCAGUGGAUACGUACACUGAAGGCUGCAGAGCUGGUGGCAGAGAAUAAGGCUAAAAAGUGGACUGCUCAGUCCGUGGAUGAGAAGGUCGCAUGCCAAUUAUCAGUGGUGUGUAUUGAGAUGCUACUAGAAUUCUGCAGUUUUGGUGAACCCAUGCUGGCCUUUACUGCAGAAGUCGUGGGUAACAGAAGUUUAGGACUUGUGGAUACUUUGAUGGGCACUGAAUGCUUUUUACCGGAUAGGUGUGUGAAACAUUUGCAAGAGCUUUUAUACAAGCUUUUAGGAGACACCAAAUUCAAACAUACUUUUGCACAGACAUUCAUAUCACAUUAUCCAGCCUGUUUACGAGAGACCUUCAAAGAGGAUGCUGCAGUGCUUGGAAGCCUCACGAGAAAGAAAUAUCGAGAGCAUUCCAUAGUCAAUAGCUUCUCCGUACAGAUUUUCACGGUCCCGACACUCACACCCAAGUUAGUGAUGGAGGAUGGACUCUUGGACAUGCUUCUUGAUACAUUAAAGGAGUUCUUGCGUGGUUGUGUUGGGGAGGAUGGGCGUAUAUCGGUAAGUAAAGGGCCCGUGGUGGACCGGCAUUAUUUCCGAAUAAUAGAUGACAUUAGAUACGUCAUGACUCAUUUGGAGGUAUCACGAUAUGUUGCACGGAAAAGACCUGAACUUGCAAGAGCUUGGUUGCACUUGGUUGCAUUUGUUCAAGGCAUGUAUCCACAUAGGCGAAUAACAAAUACUCACGUUGAAGACGAAACCGACAUCUGGGGGUCAGCCUACUCAUUGGAGUCUCAAAUGGCGUUCAUUCAUCCUCUAUUUGUUGGAGGAGCUGCUGUAUCCAGCAACUUAGAUCCACGCUCUAAGGACGAUCUAAUGUCUGAUUCUCAGGGUGACCUGGCAGCGUCGGGCAGCUCGGACGGGGUCGUCUUUUCUAAUGGGAAUGUUAAUGCGGUUGAUGGUUUGCAAAAUAUCAAUUCGGAGGCUGGUGAUACAAGAACACGGGUUGUAGAUGUAGACAUGUAUGAUGCCGUACUUACUGCUGAUUCUAUUGAUGAUGUAUCCACGGAACUCAGUCUGCAGCGAAGAGGGAAAAUAGAGUUUGAGACGGUAUUCAUUGCAGGAGUGCAAGUGUCAGCUUCAUUGGUAUGGUUUGUUUCUGAGUGUGCUCAAGUCCUUGUUACCUGGCUUAGUCUAGAUGCCUCGAGAGAGUCAGUGAAGUCAGGACAGUUGGCUAUUGAUGCUAGUCAGAUUUCUGGCAUUCGAAGGAGCACUAGAUGGCGAGGUAGAGGGGGCAGAGGAAUUAGGGAUUCACCCACUCAGACCACCGGUGGCCAAAUUCGAGUAUGGCUGCAACGCAGUAGACGGCUCCCUUUUGAGCCUCGAGUGUGGCCAGAAGCUGCUACUCAAGAGCAAGCUGCAAUGGGCACCAAUUCUGGGAACCAAGUUGCUGACAUGGAUGUUGAAAUGCAGGCUCCUGGUGAAGGCUUUGAUAACAGAGCUGCAGAAUGGUGGAUGGGACCUGAAGGAUUAACGACAUCGAAUAUUUUAGACCAGUCUGUUGAGGUCGAUGAAUGGCCUUUAGUGGAUUUCGAUGUUAGUCGGCAGGAUGUAUCUUUUCAUAUCCCAUUACAUCGUAUGCUUGCUCUCCUACUUCAUAAAGCACUUGAAUUUCAUUCUGCUAAACAGGAUAAAUCAUUUGGAAAAGAAAAAAUCUUAUCCAGUGAUGGCACUUCUGGUGAGUGGAGAUCAUUCCUGGAACAAGUUCUUCCUCGAAAGUUUCGUGUGCCAGGGUUUGCUGCCGUUGUGAUGGAGCAUCCUCUUCGUUUACAAGUUUUGUGUGCACAAGUUCAGGCUGGCAUGUGGCGACGGAAUGGCCACGCAACCAGGGCAUUAUGCGACCUUUAUCAUUCUGUGCAUUGGUGUGAAGAUAGCUUGGAAAUUGACUUGUUUCUACUCCAAUGUUGCGCCGUUCUUGCACCUUGUGAAGCCUUUGUGGAUCGGAUUGUAGCUCGAUUCGCACUUUCGGAUUACUUCAACUUUUCAUUUUGGCAUCCUAAUGAAUACCAGGUUACUUUGGCGCAGGAACUUAUUAUUCUAUUGAUCAGGCUGGUUUCCGAGCGAGGUUUUUGUGGGCUGACCGAGAAAGAGUCCUUACGACGAGAGUUAGUACUAAGAUUAGCUGUUGGGGAUACUACUCGCAGUUACCUAUUGAAAGCUCUACCUCCACGGUUGCAAGACAGCAAGCAUUUGCAAGAAUGCUUAGAUGCAGUUGCGACAUAUCGCAAUCCUUCUGGAAUGCAGCAGGGUAAAUAUGCAUUGAGAGAUGAGUGCUGGUGCGAGUUGGACCUCUACCAUCCACGAUGGAGUCCUCGGGAGCUUCAAGCAGCGGAGGAACGUUAUUUGAGAGCAUGCAGAUCACCUGCUGUAUUUCUGCAACUGCCUCGGUGGUCACCACCAUUUGCAGCUUUACAGGGUUUGGGACGGUUAAUUACCUCUUCUCGGGUUCAUGAUAUGUUGCGUAGCAUUUUUUUCCAUGCAGUCUACACUGAUGAUCCAUCCAAUUCGCGUGCUCCAGAAGAACUUCUUUUGUACGCUCUACAUCUUCUUGCCCUAGCCUUGGAUGUCUGCAAAUCCCCGAAUAAUAUAGGUGGCGAGCGUAGAGAGGACCUGCUGGGAAAUAACCGUCCGUUCUCGGAUAUCGAGAACUCAAGUAGCAGCAGUGUUAAAGAGCACCCACCUUUGUUGCUUCGCUGCGGUGAAAAAGUAGCUGUAGGAAGAGCCAACACCCUUGUUGCGCCGGAGUCUCAGAGUAUGCUGUCUCUACUGGUGUUGCUUCUGCGGAAACCUCGUAAUGAUGGAGCAAGUGAAGCAGGAUCCUACGGGUUUAGAGAUUUAAUAAAGAAGCUGUUAAGAAGUUUUGCAGAGUUGGACAGCAUCUGCAUGUACGAAAUAGAGUUACUUGCUCCCGAGGUUCUUCAUCGUGUCUCUGUCGGCAUCACACCCAAGAUUGAUGGAACUGGAGGCAUCGAUUCUAAAGAUGUCUCAGUAUCCGAGUCUGACAGACGAAAAUCUAUUGCCCGAGAGCGUCAAGCUGCUGCUAUGGCCAAAAUGAAAGCUGCGCAAGAGAGUUUUGUUGUCAAUUACAAACCAACAGAGGAGAGCAGUAAUUUAGGGGAUGGUGAUGAAGCAGAGGCAAAACGACCAAAGGAGUCCAGAGGAGAAAGUGAUGAGUUAUGCGAGGAUGUUCAAUUUACUCAUUGUGCACUUUGUCGAGAUGCAGCAAGUGCAAGUCCUCUGUGUUUUAUGGUUCUUGUUCAGAGAUCAAAAUUGCUUGCAAUUGCUGAGAAACCAACUCCAUCCUGGAAGCGUAGCCUAGUUACGCUAGACCAAGUUGAGAGAGAUGGUGAAUCAUCUGAUGGAGUAAACGCUGCUUCUGGCGUAGCCUCAGAUGGGUCAAGAUACUUGAAUAGCACAGCGGAGCUUUGGCAUUGGAUUCAAGAGGCUUUAGGGGAUGCUCAGACACAACCUCGUCUGCUUGAUGAUGAGGACGUACUGGAGCUGUUACGAAAUGGGCCUGGUGUUCGUGAUACUUUUCAUGUGACUCCUGAACCACUUCUGAGCUGGGAUGCAGCAACUGCAAUAUCUUUAGAUACUGUAUCAGAAGAAGUUGAAUCUGGUAGUGAGAUCGCCGAAUAUGAAAACGAUAAUGAAGCUGGUACGUACGAAGCAACAGGUAGUGUGAAUGUCAAUUGGUGGGAGGACAAUCACAGUCGGGUUAAUCAAGGAGAGAGUAGUACAAAAAGAGACAAGGCUGUGGCAACUGUUUUAGCGGAAUAUGUGGCUGCAGCUGUCUGUCGAGGACAAUCUCGACCCCAGGAAAGAACCCGGUAUGGAAGAAGCGAGUCUCCCGGACAUACAGGUCCAGAACAACUAAGAGAAGGUCUCACUCGCAGCAGGAGAGCAACUGCUCGGAUUCCUUUAUCAAUGUCUGAAGCUAUACGUUAUAAAAACAGUGACACAGUGGGUGUCCAUAUGUCUGCUUGUGGACAUGCUAUACAUCAAGAUUGUCGUGACCGCUAUUUUUCCUCUCUUUUGCAGAGAUUUUACAGCAGGGCUUUAUUUGAGGGAGUACAGAUAGUGGACCUUGACAUGGGGGAGUUCCUCUGCCCAGUGUGUCGUCGACUAGCGAAUGCAAUUCUGCCGGUUCUUCCUGGUCAAACAGGGUUGAAUAGUUCUUUCAUAUCCCCAAGCGUUGCUCAGCUUUCGAGUGGUGUGUCUUCUAGUACUGCGUCAUUGCAAGUAGACCAUGCUUUGAGACUGCUUGUUAAGGCUGAAGAAUUGGUUUCCAGAUCAGAAUUCCGUAAAGUGGCCGAUCCACAGCUUCCUUACAAUGUUAAGGUGGUUUUGGAGGACCUUGCCAAACGACUUUGUGGAUUGUUCUAUUCCGAGAAGGAUCUCUUUACAUCUCUAAGCUCUAUUCAGGGUCAUGUACAUCAAGGCCUACUUCUUUGGAAUGUCUUUAGGUACUCCCUGAUGUCUUCAGAGUUGGCUUCUCGUAGCCAGAAGCUUUCUGAGAAUAAUGGCAAUGGUUUGAUGGCUUUGAUUGAAAUGAGCGAGGCAUCACACGGUUCAGUAUUGCCUCUCUUACUUCAUGCUGCUAAAGCCACGCAAAGUCAGAGUCGGCUAUCAGUGCUGCUUCGGGCUCGGGGAAUGCAACUGCUAGUGGACUCCAUUGUUAAUGGCAUAUCUAGAGAUAAUCACGCGAACGAUAUUCCAAGGGAUUUGCAUGGCAAUUACUCUGCUCUUAUGCAAUAUUUGGAAAAGGACAAUGAUUCGGUAGACGUGCAGUUGUGGAAGAGAUUGGCUGAUCCAGUAUUAGUUCAUGAUGCUUUCUCAUCGUUCACAUGGCUGCUUUUCUGCCUGCCCUUACCGUUUCCUGCUAAUGGUGCUCCAUUUAUCGCACUUCUUCAUCUCUUCUAUUUGGUGACUAUAGUCCAGACUAUAGCGCAGCUUGGGUCGUUUGCUACAUCGGGUACAGAAUUGACUCCAUCAGCGCGUUCCUUUAUUGCAGCAGUGCAGACAGGGUCGAAUGGAACGGUUCUUGAGUCUUCCACGGGGGACAGCAGUAUUUCUCCCACUUUGGAGUCUUAUCUAGCUUACAUACGGCGCUGUACUUUGCCUUUCCUACGCCGAUGUUAUCUUUUACAAAACUUACUGUCUGGUGCCGCACAAGUCCUACCUGUCGCAACAGCUCAUCAAUGGGAACUUCCUCAAGGUCAUAUACAUUCCACAGAAACUGAAACAACUUCUGAGGACUCGAAAGAUGCGGAUAAGCAGGUAUUGCUGGAGAUGGAGGAGUUAGAUCAGCUGGAAAGUGUCUUUUUAAUUCCUUCAUUAGUAAAUAUUUUUGAGCAGGAAACAAAUCAGCAGCUUGUUCAAGCCUGGUGCAAGCAUGUCAAGACAGACGCUGGUCCUCGAGGCAUUCAACACAGUAUACGAGUAACCACAGCGUCUCCUUUUAAAUUGAUGCAGCUACCAUAUUUAUUUCAAGACCUUAUGCAACGGUAUGUGAAAGAGAAGUGUCCUCGCUGUAAGACAGUCCCCGACAAGCCUGCUAUAUGCUUGAUGUGUGGAGCUCUUUGUUGUGCAUUUAGUUUACGUCCCUGUUGCAGUGUGAACAGGCAAGGGGAAUGCACCAGGCAUGCUAUGAAUUGCGGAGCAGGCAUCGGAAUCUUUUUAAUGCUGCGGAAGACCAACAUACUGUUGCUACGAUGUGGACGUCAAGCUAUGUGGCCAUCACCGUAUCUUGAUGCUUUUGGAGAAGAGGACCUUGAGUUACGGAGAGGCAAACCUUUGUAUCUUAGCCGGGAACGAUAUGCUGCUCUCACUAAUAUGGUGGUUGCACACGGACUGGAUUACAGCUCACCAGUUUUGUCGCACACGACCCGAGACAUCCCAUUUUGAAUAUCUUUGUUUCAUAAGAUAAAUCAACCUUCUUUUGAUACAUAUCAAGCAGAGAAACAAAGACUCAGUUCGUUGGGAUCCACUAUUAAUCUCAUGAAAUCAGUGGAGCUGAAGUAGCUGAAGUAGCUGAGACUAAUCUGCCGAAUUUUGUGUUGUCUACCUCUGGAUAGAUCUUCAACCUCAAGUUGGAAGAGAUGGUACAACGGGAUCUUCUAUGAAAGCGUGGGAGUUCUUUUGCGUAGGUUUUCAGGUGUAAAUGACAUAGCUAUGUAUGAAGGAUAUGAAUGUUAGUACUGCAGAUGAAUUUUCUUAAAGCUGUUUUGACUGCGACACCAGUUACAGAAGUUUGCCAAGUUUGCCAAGUUUAGGAGACAAUCACUCCACAGAACUGGCUUAGGGAACUGACCUUUUAAGUCAGUGAAUGAUCACUUUUGAGGUAAAAUCAUUUUUGUGAUCGUGUAUAUUUUUACGAUACUAUCAGGGUUGCAGCUGCUCCUGUAAUCGAAUCAAGAAUAAUUUGAACUCUGAAGAGACUUAUUCGGAUGGAUCGUAAAA